AGAGGAAGAGGAUGACAUGACGACAACAGAUGCUGCAGAGAUGCUAACAGCACUGACACACACACAUACACACACACACACACACACUGUCAGGAGCUAAGAGCUAACGGCUAUCACAGACAGACAAAGGCUGAAGCUGAGAAUACACACACACACACACACACACACAAACACACAGUGAUCAGUGAGGCUAACUGCUGGUAGCAUGCUGUGGAGAGAAGGCUAACACACAGCAAUGCAGUGUCGAGGGCUUCCUAUUGGACGAUGUAGUCAACCUUCAGAUUGACGGACAGCUCAGCAGCUUGGGCAGAGCCUGCAGGUGGAUGUGGUGAUGUCAAAGCGAGGAUUGGCAGGGCGGGUGAAGGGGGAACGACCAGAUGCCAUGGCAACCCUUCAAGCAGCCAAUGACGAGCUGAGAGCCAAACUGACAGACAUCCAGAUUGAACUACAACAAGAAAAAAACAAGGUGAGUCGUCUGGAGAGAGAGAAGAGUCAGGAACUGAAGGCGGAGCAUCACCGGGCAACAGUUGCUGUGACGGAACUGAAAACCAAGCUACACGAGGAGAAGCAGAAGGAGCUGGUGGUUACCAGGGAGACAUUACUACGGCAACACGAGAUGGAGUUGAUGAGGGUUAUCAAGAUCAAAGACGGAGAGAUUCAACGUCUGAACGGAUUGGUGCUAACACUGAGGGACGGAUCCGUGGACAAGGUGAGGAGCGCUCUGCUGGCAGAGGUGGAGGAGACGAGAAGGAGCUGGGAGGCGGAGCGUUAUCGUCUCCAGCAGGAAGUCCAGGAGCUGCGAGGAGCAAAGAGGUACACAGAGGAGGCUCUGACAUCGGCUCAGCAGGCCUGCCAGGCCCGAGCAGCCGAACUGCGAUCAGCUCAUCACCAACACCAGGAGGAGCUGAACAGAACCAAGAGAGACUGUGAGAAGGAGGUUCGACGACUGAUGGAUGAGAUUAAACUGAAGGACAGAGCUGUCAGUGUUUUGGACAAAGCUCUGGGGCUGCAGGCUGGACAUGCUCACCGCCUCCAGCUGCAGACUCAGGCAGCAGAGCAACAAAUCGCAGCCCUGAGAGAUGCACAGAGGGCGGGAAUAAACCACCCCGGCCACACCCCUAGCCCCGCCCCUAACACUACACCUCACAUUGAGGACCGGGACACUCGGAGGUUUCAGUUAAAAGUGGCUGAGCUCAGUUCCGUCGUCAGGAAGCUGGAGGAUCGAAACGCUCUGUUGUCUGAAGAACGCAACGAACUGCUGAAGCGCCUGCGAGAGGCCGAAAGUCAGUUUCUUCCUCUACUUGACAAAAACAAACGCCUGAGCAGGAAAAAUGAGGAACUCGCUCUCGCUCUGCGUCGCCUCGACAACAAGCUUCGAUUCGUCACACAGGAGAACCUGGAGAUGGUAACUAUGAGGAGACCGAGUUCAUUAAACGACCUGGACUGCAGCCACUCCUCCAGUUACCAUGGUUACAGCCAGGAUGAGAGAGAGAUGGAGUUUCUACGGUUACAGGUCCUGGAGCAACAACACAUAAUCGAUGACCUGUCCAAGGCCCUGGAAACAGCUGGUUAUGUAAAGAAUGUUAUAGAGAGAGACAUGUUACUGAGACACAGACGUCAAGAGUCAGUGAGAAGGAAACGAACCAUCAGAGCCUGCAGGGUGGUAGAGACGUUCUAUGGUUAUGAUGAAGACGCCUCAGUCGACUCUGAUGGAUCAUCUUUGUCUUUUCACACCGACAGAACCCCAGAUACAGAACCAGAGGAGGUGUGUGUGCGUGAGGAGGCGGAGCUUCGUUACCGUCACCUGACUCAGGAGUACCAGGCGCUGCAGCGAGCUUAUGCUCUGCUGGCGGAGACGAGUGGAGGAAACUAUGAUGCUGAGAAUGAGAUCAAGACCAGAGACCAGCUGCUGAUAGAAAUCAGUCGAUAUCAGACCAGAGUCACUGAUCUGGAGUCAGCGCUAACACAGCAAGGACUGGAUGUGCAGUGGGUGGAGGAGAAACAGAAUCUGUAUCGGAGGAAUCAAGAUCUCAUGGAAAAGGUGAGACAGAUGGAAGGUGAAGAGCUGCGUCUGAAAAACGACAUUCAAGACAUCAAAGAUCAGAACGAGCUGCUGGAGUUUAGGAUCUUAGAGCUCGAGGAGAGGGAGCGACGUUCACCUGCCAUUAACUUCCGACAACUCCAUUUCCCAGAAGGCCUCAGUCCUCUGCAGAUCUACUGCGAGGCCGAGGGAGUCACUGACAUCCUGAUCAGUGAGUUGAUGAAGAAACUGGACAUUCUGGGAGAUAACGCCGUAAGUAAUCUGUCCAAUGAGGAGCAGGUGGUGGCGAUUCACGCCCGGACUGUUCUCACUCUGGCAGAGAAGUGGUUGGAGUCCAUCGAAGGGAUGAAAUCGUCUCUGCAGCAGAAGAUGUUGGACAUUGAGAGUGAAAAGGAUCUGUUCAGUAAACAGAAAGGUUACCUGGAUGAGGAGCUGGACUACAGGAAGCAGGCGAUGGAUCAGGCUCACAAGAGGAUCCUGGAGCUGGAGGCCAUGUUGUUUGAGGCUCUGCAGCAGGAGGAAGAAUCCAUGAUGGACGGAUUCAAGGUGGAGAAAAGUCGUCUCUCUGAAACUCUGACGGAAGAGGAGAGGGAGGGGCUGAGGAGAGCCACGGACCAAUGGAAACGAACCGUGAUGCGCGAGCUGAGAGAAAGAGAUGUCCAGAUCCUCCGAGAGAGGAUGGAGAUACUGCAGCUGACGCAACAGAGGAACAAGGAGCUGGAGGAGCUCAUAGAAACCCAAAAACGACAGAUCAAAGAGCUGGAGGAGAAGGCCUCCGCAGUCCAGCGGCUCCACACUCAGCAGGAACGUUCAGGGUUUGGAACCAGCAGCUCACUGACUGAGGGACUUUGGCUUCACUGCCCUGCUCCUCAGCCAAUCAGAGCAGAGCCCAGCUGUCAGCUGACUCUCCCGGAAUGCCCCUGUGCUCCCUCAGACAGAGAGACUGAGAACAAUGUUGAGCUGAUAAACACUUUGUGACUUCAGCGGGUCACUGGACCAACAUGGUGCUGGACUCAGUUUUAACUAAACCUGGUUUUAAACAUCACUCAGUUCACUUACUGACUUAAUCAGCAUGAUGGACAACAUGAGGCGUCUCUUCUGUUCUGAUUGGCUGUUCCACCUGCAGACUGCGAGUCGGUUACCUUCACUCACGGACUCGAGGUCACAAUGUGUAACCGUCUCAUAGUUUCAGGUCCAGGCUGCAAGGAACCAAACGGAACCGGACGGAUCUGAUCGGAACAGAACAUUUAUGAUUCCAGAUGAUCAUUUUUUAAAUCCCGGAGAGUCUGAACAUCUGAGGCGUCGGUUUGAUCACAUGUUAAAUACACUGGAAACAAAACAUCUUCAUUCUCAUCUGCAGAACGAGGAGAAGAAACAAUCGUGACAUUUGGUUCACAGCCUCAUCAAUAAAUCUCUGACCAAUAAAUCUCUGAUCAAUAAAGAA